CUCUGUGAAGACUGAAGACUCCAAGCAAAAACGGAGUAUUCUUGUUGUUUUCGCUCACAAUUUUGCGAAAUCUUUCAACUCGAAAGCUCACAAUCUCAAAGCAGAGCCAAAGGUAGCCAAAUUUAGUUCCCUGAAGCCACAACUUAGUUCCUCUUGUCUUGCCACCACUGAACUUCAACACCAUGAUUGGAACUUCAUCGAUUCUUCGCACUAUCCCCAAGACUGCUGCUCUCGCGAAACAAACUGCUGCCAAGGCCUACUUUUCAUCGGAGUGUGCACCCGCGCUCAAGCUCCAGCAAAUUUUUGAACAAUACAGGCAGGAGCACUUCUCUCGUGAACUGCCAUCUCGAUUUCGCAAAGAGAUGGUGAAAAUUAUCGAAGGUCCUGACCAUCUGGUGGCCGUGGACAACUUCAAUCUUAUCCUCUCCAACAUUGGACGCUCUGAUGCCUCUCUUUCAGAAUCAGAAAUGAACGAUUUGCUGAUGGCCGCUGGGUCUUCAAGCCGCAAGAUCCCUGUGGAGCAGGCCAUGAUGCUGCUUUAAUUGCGCCACCAUUCCACCUGCCUCCGACCAUAAAAGAACUGCAGCGCCACUGGGAAAGAAACUUGAUCCCAUUUCCCAAUCAAAGUACAAACGGGGGAGAAACGAAAGACUAGAGUAUACAACAAGAAUAGAACUUAAAAAGAUGUCAAUAAAAGAAUAUUUGUUAG